CUCUAUCUACACUUUUUGCUGGCUCAGCCAAAAGGCCACGCUACUCCAAGCGCUAGCAUUUGUGCUGUUUGUUUCUCGGGAAAGUCAUUUUCAUUACCCGACGGCGAGACCCUGAAGCGAAAUGGAGACCGGUGGAAAGGCGAAGAAGGGCGCGGCGGGGAGAAGAGGCGGUGGCCCGAAGAAGAAGCCGGUUUCGCGGUCCGCCAAAGCUGGUCUUCAGUUUCCGGUUGGCAGGAUCGGCCGCUACUUGAAGCAAGGCCGCUACUCUCGGCGGGUCGGAUCCGGAGCUCCGGUUUACCUUGCCGCCGUUCUGGAGUACCUCGCUGCUGAGGUGCUGGAGCUGGCAGGAAAUGCUGCAAGAGACAACAAGAAGAACAGGAUCGUACCGAGGCAUGUGCUUCUGGCUGUGAGGAACGAUGAGGAGCUGGGAAAGCUACUUGCUGGGGUGACAAUCGCUCAUGGAGGGGUUCUCCCCAACAUCAACCCUGUUCUGCUGCCCAAGAAAAGUGACAGGGCGGCAGCAAAGGAGCCCAAGUCUCCAUCCAAGGCAACCAAGUCUCCCAGGAAAGCCACUUAGCUUAGCAAGCUUUCUUUCACCAUCUCCAUCUCCAUCUCCAUCCCAUCCCAUCCCAUCCCAAUCAUCAUCUGUAUGUAGUUAGUUGGCUCUUCAUUUUCCCUUGUGUUGUGUAGGAAAACUUGAUGUUGUCUGGCGAUAAAUUGUACCAUUUCUAGGACAAUGGGCACCCUUUGUUCAAUUCAGGGUUUCAAAUCGGAGUAUAUCGUUGGAGUGCGGUAGGUUUGUGUUUA